AUGGCUGACAAUAAUAAGUUUGUGAAAGAAACACCAGAUACGACUGCUGCUGUUGAGUGCACGGAUGAUUUCGACCCACUGUCUGGAGCGAUAGAAUGCGUUGAAGAACAAAUAGAGGGCCAGUUGACAGCGCCUGAUGAAAAUCUCAAACCAGUGACGGAUUACAGACACUGGUAUCAUGGACGCCUGGACAGACAGACGGCGGAAGAAAGGUUAUUGGCAGCUGAUAUAGAGGGCAGUUAUCUUGUCCGCGAAAGUGACCGAAAACCAGGGUCAUUUGUUCUGUCGUACCUUGGCAAGUUAUCACAGCUCACUCAUUUCAAAAUACUUGCUAAGUGUGGUGACUAUUACAUAGGUGGGAGGCAGUUUGAAUCCCUCUCUGAUCUCAUUGGUUACUACACAAACUGGUCAUGUCUCCUCAAAGGGGAGCAACUUGUCGAGCCAGUCCAACCACCUGAACCUGUGGAUGACAGACGAAGAGUUGUAGCGAUGUUGUCAUACAGCAAGAUGGCAGAAACAGAUGAACUCAGUUUUAAAAAGGGUGACACAUUUAUAGUUCAGAAUGAGCUGAUUAAUGGCUGGUUGUGGGUGACGUCAGGACGUACUGGUGAGAGUGGAAUCAUUCCCGGAGCUCUCGUUGAAGACCUCAAUGGAAAUAUUGAUCCAGCAGAAUGGCUGCCCUAUUUUCAUAACAACAUCACGAAAGAGGAAGCUGUGAAGAAACUUACUCACGCUGGUGAAGGUGGUUUUCUCGUCAGACCAAGUGACAACAGUCCCGGAGCAUUUUCACUCUUCUUUUUGUGUGAGAAAGAAGUCAUGCGCUUCAGAAUUGUCAGAAAGGGCAGGCAACUCUUUGUGGGUGGACGUUAUUUUGAAAGUUUGGAUGCUAUUAUUCAGCGAUACAAGAAAGAAGAGAUUGUUGAAGGAUACAAGCUAACAAAAGCCGUCUGUAGGGAAAAUUUUGACACAUUUGAUGGACAAUUCAAGAAGACAUUGACGGUCUCUGAAAGAAAUGUCUUGUAUGCAUCAAUAAUGCGGUCUGGACCAAACCUGCUGACCAGUAAGAGUGAGCUGACCGGCUAUUUACUCAAAAGAAGUGAAAAAACAAAGAAGUGGAAAUUAUAUUACUUCGUGUUAAAUGGUUCUGAAAGGCUGCUGUAUUUCUUUGAAAAUGAAAGAAGAUCUAGACCAAAAGGCCUGAUUGAACUCUCAUACAGCGCGCUCUACCCAGUGCAUGACAGUUUCUUUAGCAGACCCAACUGUUUCCAGAUUGUGAGUAAUUUUAACAACAACCAGGUACAGGUGUGCUACCUGUCUGCAGACAAUCCGGACACUGUCCAGAAAUGGAUCCAGUCGGUGAAACCGUAUAUUGGCGCUGAUAACGACUCGUGUCUGAAGGAAUUCCACAGUGUCACGAUCAAUGUGUUUGAGGCUCACCAGCUUCCUAACAAACUGCUGAAUCAUCCGUAUGCAGUCGUGUCCCUUGGCAGCGUAAAGGUUUCCCGAACAGAAGUAGGAGAAGCCCCAAACCCGGUCUGGGAGGAGGAGUUUGUCUUAGAUGACAUUCCAGCAGAUGUUGAAGUUUUCACAGUAUCUUUGUAUAACAAAGUGAAACGGUCCAGAGAUACAGAAAUUGCCCACGUCACUCUUGACUUGCGAACUCUUGACUUGCGAACUCGGGAGUAUGUGGAAGAGUGGUUUGGCCUGCAGGCAGCGACACCAAAUAAUAAGACUGACAUGGGGACUUUGCGUUUGAAAGCUCACUACACACACGAGGUGGUGAUGCCGUAUAAAGAAUACACCAGCCUGAAAGAGUUGAUUCUGGCUGAAGAUUACAAUGAAAUUAUACAGCUGUCAAAGGUCUGUGCGAAGUCUGAGUGGAUUGUGAUGUGUAAAUCUCUGCUUAGAAUUUUCUGUUAUGAAAAACAGGAAGCCAGUCUACUACGGACACUGACUGAAAUGGAAAUAGACAGGGAAGCUGAAGUGUCACAGAUAUUCCGAGCAACGACAUUGGCCACCACCAUGAUGGACCAAUACAUGAAGUUAGCAGCAACACAGUUUGUCGAGAGUGCCGUCAAGGACUCCGUUCUUAGGAUCAUGGAGAGUAAACAGUCAUGUGAGGUAAAUCCUGCACUUCUUGACAAUGCAGCGGAUGCCCGACCCAACCAGGAAUACUUCCUCAGCUUGCUGAACGGCGUCACGGAAACAAUAUUCAAGUCAAUCGACUACUGUCCAGUUGUGCUACGAUAUGUGUGCAGUUGCCUGCAAAAGAAAGUUGUCAGCAAGUGGCCUGAUGACGAGACUGUGAAAACCAGAGUUGUCAGUGGUUUUAUUUUUCUCCGCUUGAUAUGUCCAGCCAUUCUUUCACCCAAGCUUUUUAAUCUGGUGUUGGAAAACCCAUCAGAGACUGCAGCAAGAACCCUCAAACUUGUGGUGAAAUCUUUACAGAAUCUGGCAAACUUGGUCGAAUCUGGUACAAAGGAAGCCUACAUGGAAGUUGUCAAACCAUUUAUCAAGAGAAACCGGGAAAAACUGGUCAUGUUUCUGGAUGCACUAUCCAAUGUUCCUGAGAAUUCCACUGUUGAUGCAGACUCAGUUUUGGAUCCAUCCCGAGAUCUGGCUACAAUCCACCGUCUGUGUUCAUCGCAUCUUGAAGAUCUGCGGGCUCUCGUUGAAGAACAGCCUUCACUGCGUAAGUUGGUGUCUGUGACGGAAAUGUUAACAAAGCACAAGAAGGUCUACAUGGGGGACACGUGACAACAGUAAUGGCAGUCUGGCAACAUAGAAUGUGAUACGCACAGUCAACUCACUUAGCCGAGUAUACAUGUACAUGCAAAUGUCGUUACGCAGAAAUACUGCAAAUUGUACACAUCUGUUGUGAUGUUUCUGAUGCAUUGUCUUUUCUCGGAAUGAAAGUGAUGUCACAGUAGACAUGCUGACAAUAUAAGGAUGCAUGUAUAGCCAAGCGGUGAAUCAUGGGAUAGAUAGUCUCAUGGUGAAAGCAAGUGCUGGCCGGAUGGGACAUUUGUAAUGGAAGAACGUCCAAAAAUAAUAGUGCUUAACAACAAUCAAAAACAGACUGCUGGUUCAGUCUGCUAUGAAAUCAUCAAAAGAUCAUCUGACUCGGUCAUUUCAGUCAAAAGAAAAUUCCACAUUUGAUAUCAGUAAGAUGAAAAGACUUCAUUGUUGGUUAGUGAUAUGUUGUAAAAUUAUUCCUAUGUUAAAACUGACAGAAAACCAGCGCAUGUGGAUGAAUUUUAGAAGGAGGGUGUCUAGACUAUGGCAAGUGAAUUUUACAGGAGCACCAAGACAUGCUUCCCUGCAAAAUGUAUGUAUUUGAAAAAGCAAAUAUACUUGAACAGGGAGGGGUUUUAGACCCCCAAAACCCACCUCCUGAACAUGUGCCUGGGAAAUGAGUUCACUGAAUGAAGGUCAGUUGCAGCAAUACAGUCUAGUGUUAACUCUUGUAGGUGUCGUGGUCCAAGCUGUUCACAGUGUAGUCUGUGCUAUCUUAACAUGAUGCUGGUGUGGCUAGAUCACACGUUAAUGAACCAGUAGGAGGGACAACCCAAGGAAUGGUGUAGUUUUGGUAACUUGGUCAACCCGGUCAUCCCAAAACAAUUUAUGAAAUUCGAUCAUUAAAGCAAGAAUUUUAAUGUUAACAGACAACAACAGGGCCCGUGCUUAUAAAAGUUAAAGUCUAGACUUUAAUAAAGUCCAAACUUUUAACGUAAUGCUAUUUGAAUGGCGUUGCUAUGACGUUAAAGUCUGGACUUUAUUAAAGUCUAGACUUUAAGGUUUAUAAGCACGGGGCCUGGAUGAGCCCACUCCAAAGCAUUUAGAUCUUGAGUUAAAUACACCUGCGAAGUCACAGUAUUGUCUCAACUCUCCAUUAUUUUUCAUUAAUGGAGAGAUGAAACCCUACUUAAUUAACCCACCAAAAUUAUUAGUGUUAAACUCCAUACUAACAUACAUGUAUAUUCACAUAAAAUUAUUAUUUAGUGGUGUAUUUUAAGUAGGGGAAUAUCCUCGUAACUCUCCAUUCCUGAAUAAUAAUGACCCUCGGCCCUAGUGGGCUCGUCUCUAUUUUGUUUCAGGAAUGGAGAGUUACUCGGACAUUCCCCAAUAUGUAGUUCCCGGUGAUGAUUCAGUUUAAAGUAAGUUUCAGGCAUGUUGUCAUCAUCGGACUAGAUUUUAAAACAGACGGGGAGGGGAUGUAGCUCAGUGAUAGAGCACUCACCUGAGCUCAGCAGUGUUUAUGCCACAAAGACAUUUUUGGGUAUGGCGCUAUUGAAUUGAAUGCAACCACAGUCAACAGGGGAUAGGGAGGGUCUCCCUCAGAAAGAAAAUGGGUUACUGUUAUGGUUAGGGUUAAGAAAAGCAUACAGUAAUGAUAUGAGUCAUUUAUUUUGUCAAAAGGUUAACUUUUUUUUUUUAAAUCUGCAAAUGUUUUGGGUAUGGCCGUUUUACCCUCUGGUAGAAACCCUGCACACUUGUUCAAAGCAUAGUUAAAUGAACCUUGGUUUAAUCCUCUUUGGCACAAAUGCAAAAUAAAGUAUAGAUUUGAUUUGGUAUGGAUACCUUUGGUUGUUCUGAUCAAGUGUCAACAGUAUGUUUUCAGUUACAAUUUGUAUUGAUUCAUUCCUUUGUUUUGAAAAUUUCUGUUAACAACUGGUUAUGCUAACAUUUGAACAGCCGGCACCUGAUGUUCUGUGGUUCACAGGAUUGGUCACUCAUGAUGCACUUAGGUUUUUCCCAUUCCAACCAGUGGUAUGGACUGUUCUGUCUUUGGGAAAUGAGGAACCACUAAGGUUGACGACAGUCACUUUUCGCACCCUUGUUUUGGCUUCGUACACAGUAAAUAAAAGAUAUCCAACGGUAAUUUUUGGAUAUGAUAUACUGUAUUUGACAAAAGGUACUUUUUAUUU